AUGAUUACAGGUGUGGACGACAAAGACUUGUUCCGCGACUGUCUGAAUGACUCCGUCGAUGUUUUAGUCGGAGCAUUUCAACCCUAUUUAUGCUCGGCGCGGCGGUCAAGUGCCAAUGGUGUUCAUCCCACGGCUACUGAAAGUGUGUUCGAAGAAGGAGUAGAUGCACAAGCUCAGACGGCUUCAUCUGCCUCUCAUGCUCAAACAAAAGUCGUGCCGUCGUCUUUCGGUGUGAAAAUUAUGCCAAGAACUAGUUCUUCUUCUAUCACUUCACAUGUCAUCAUGAUCAGCCAGUCCGACACCGACAAUGAUACGGCUGUCACAGAUCUCUCAUUUAAGUCUCUUCCACGUGAGGUCCGACAAGGAAUUGAAUCAGUCGAGGAUGACGGAGCUGUGAUGGGAGAUCUAAAUACUGCAGGGUUAUAUUGUGAUGCUGCUGACCAUGCACAUGAUGCUUACUACAUGUCUUCAAAUGUUGCUAACUUCCCCUAUGAUCGGAUGCAGAAUAUUUCUGGGGUGAACAAUUUCGUCGAGGAUUUCCGUUCAGAUGAAGAAGUGCGACAUGAAGUAGAAAUAAAUCAUGUAUCCAAUGUUCUCAUUCCAGAAAACGAACCCCAGGGCAGUGUUUUUGGAGAAGCGACAAUACAUUAUAUGACUAGCGACGAAUCGAUGCGAUACAGUGAAGUAAUGGUCAACCCAAUGGCUGUAGAUGUUAACCCACCACAUUGUUUGAAAGAUUCCAUCGACUUGCAGUUUUCUUCCCGGAAUGGUGUGGAGGCAAUCGCUGCUCAACUCGAAGAACCUUCAAUUUCGUACGGAUCCACAUCAAAGGACAACCAAAAUGUUACGAAUGAAAAGAAACAACAGGCUGAACCCAGUGUAUCUCCCAAAAAGCGAAACCACAAACGUGCCCAUAUUUCACUCAAUAGCUCUCAAGAAUCCAGUCUUGAGACAGAAGUCCAUCCAGAAGCAGAGGACCAGUGUACCGAUGAGAACCCUUGCUGGAUCGUAGUUUUUGUUGGUUGCAAUUUCCAGGGCUGCGGUAAAAAGCUUUUAUGGCGCCGUCGUUAUGGAAAGAACCGCUUACUUGAUCAUGUCCGCACUCAUUGGAAUAAUGCUGUCAAGUCAUGUAAAAUUUGUGACUAUAAGGCUAGUUGUCCGAGAAAGGUGUAUCGCCACCACAAACUCAAGCAUGGAGACGUGCCGUAUAUGGGAGUGAAAUCUACAGAGUAA